CUUGCCUUUAGAGUUGUCUUUGUAGCGCAUGGCGAGGAAAACUAUUUAUUUUUGACCAUCAGGACAACCUUAACUGAUUGUUUCGAGGAUGGGGAAAGGAAAAAGGGUACGUAAAUUGUUUCAGUAUGUAACCAUCUUCGAAAUAUGAGACAAGGAUUCCGUAAAAUAUUCUCCCAUCCAUGCGUUGUUUAGAUUGGUUGUUUGUGUUUUAUAGUUAGCGUUUCUUCUCAUUUGCACUCUUUAGAAGAAGAGAAAGACCCAUCAAGAUCCAACAGAAGCAGAAAUCAACAAAAUACCUCACAGUUUUGUCAUGCACAGGGGGGAUGUGGGGAAAUGUGUGCUUCAACUUGAGAUGGACUUGAGACAUGUUAUGGAACCGUACACUGCAACUAAUUUAAAGGUAAGGUAAUGCACAUUAAGCGUAUUCACGAUCUUUAUAACGCUCAACUUAAGGGUUAUUUGCAGUAAUUGCUUGCACAGGGUGGAAUCCAAUUUGUUAGCGAAGUGAUGUUAAACCAUUUAACACUUCUCUGACUGUGUGCAUUUGUCUUCGUUGAAUUCAAAAUUUCAGGUAAAUAAGAAAAAUGUUUUGAAGGACUUUGUUCAUGUUGCUGGCCCUCUGGGUGUGACGCACUUACUGAUGCUGUCGAAAACUGAAAUUGGAACAUAUUUGGUGAGUAAAGAUCAAAUGGAACUGAAAACAAUGCUGCAUUUACAAUCAAACUCUCUGUGUCUUCCUAUCAAUAACAGUUACACUGGUGCAUUGAAAACCAGAUAAUGAUAUUAUAAGGAUAUUUUUGUCCAGUUGUAGAUGAUUAAUUUGUUUGGUUGGUUAUAUAGAGGUUUUGCCGCAUACCUAGAGGACCAACACUGACAUUCAAAAUUCAAGAGGUAAACUGAUCUCUUAACAGUAUUAAUAAAGGCAUGUUUGCUUUAAUAAAAGUUCAUCUUUUUUGUUGGUGCAUAAUUGUGGAAACCAAAUUUGUAGAUGGUUAAUUUUGCAAGGUCCCUUUUAGAGUGAAAGGGAUCACUUUACAAGGUCAAUUUAACAUAUGAUGUCUUAUCUGGGAAAAACUAAUCCCUUUUCCACUUUUACUGCAGUAUUCACUUGUGAGGGAUGUGAUAUCUUUACUUAAGAAACCCAAGACAUUUGGAAGUCAAUUUAAGAAGCCUCCUUUGGUAAGAUGGAGUCAUUUGUGUUAGUCAAACAGGGCUUUGUCAUGGAAAGAGUACAGAAAAUAAAACAAUUGACAAUGGAAUUUACUAGAUAGAGUGUAACAGGGGGACUUCUAUCCAAGUGGGAAGAAUAAAUUAGAAUAAAAUGAAAAUUUUUUGAACAAGGCUACAUGUACCAAGGUUGAUGGAAAUAAAUUGUGAAUUUUAAUUACACUUCAAAACGUCCCAAAAAAUAAAGUUCAUCUUAGUAAUUGGAAAAUGAUUACAGAAGAGGGGCUUUUUUCCCAGAGGAAAGGAGGAUGGCUCUGUAUAAUCAGAUGUACAAGUAUUGUUCUCUUUUAAGAGGCAAAUGGGAAUGUAACCAUGUGGGCUGAUAAUAUAUAGCAAGGUUUGGUGUUCGAGGGAUUUUGGACUUCAUUCCAUUUUCCUUAAUGAUAAUGAUUUAAUACUUGUGUAGCGCCUUACAUAUGUGAAUAUUAUCUAAUGAGCUAUGACUUCUUUUCUUAGCUGGUGUUGAAUGGAUUCUCCACGGAUAGCUUAUCAAUGAAGCUGAUGACCACAAUGUUUCAAAAUUUAUUUCCUUCAAUCAACAUCCAAAAGGUAAUUUAAAUUUGUUUAAAAUAGUUAUUAAAAUUUAAAAAUUGUGAAAUGAGAUUUAUUCAAAAUGUAAGGAUGAAAUAGCCUAUGUUUGAUAUGUGUGAACACUUUGCCGCAUUUCUUUGUGAAAAUGUGAGUCAACCAUCUAAAAUUUGUGGGAGAAUAAUUAUACCUAACAGAAUGGAUAUGAUCAAUCUACCUUGAUCAAUCUACCCCCAUUUGUGGCCACUUGAGUGAAAAAGGCCUUGAUGGUAAGAGGAAGGAAAAAUAGGGGAAGAAGAAUACUCAAAUGCUUUUAUUAUAAUUAAACUCCUUAACUAUCACAUGGCAGACUUAUUCUGAUUUUGCAGAGGGUAAUAUGCAGCUUGCACUGGAUGAAUGUUUAAUUGAAUCAAUAUUACUUUGUAGAUGACGGCAGAUUUGAAUUGUGGUCAAACUUUCAUGAAUUAUGUUAAAGUGCUUUAACUCUUGGUGAAUUCACUUCCUUGCUUCAGGUUCACCUCUCAGGAAUAAGAAGAUGCGUUUUGUUGAAUUACAACUCAGACACAAAAAUUAUUGACUUCAGGCAUUAGUAAGUCUAGUGUUUAGCACUUAAAGCAAGUGAAUUUUUUAUUUAGUCUACAUUUAGUCAUUCAAACUCCAGAGUAAUUGGUGCCAUUAUUCUUUCAUUAUACUUAUUCUUUUGUUAUAUUCACUGGUAUGCAUCAUAUAAUUGUACAAUGUCUUGUACAUGUAAGUCAGACCUUUCCAUUGAUUACAAGUUUCCCAGGGCCAAUAGCCAAUAAGCUAAUGUCUCUGUUGAUAUGUUUAGAAGUUUUUAAAAUUGCCUUGGAUUAAUUUGUAAACAGUUUAAAAAAUUUUGACAAACUGUUUGUUAGGUGCUUGUGGUUUCCAAACUGAGUGUGUCACAGACUGGUUUCAGACAUGAUUAUGACCAGGGAGAAAGUACUGAACCCCCCAAAACAAUUAAAGAAUGAUGAUUUUAGAUAUAUGAAAUUCGUAUAUUUGCAUUGUGGUGAAAAGAUGAAAUUAAGAGAUCCUCGCAGCUAAGAACACUACUGAAACGAGUAGUUGAAAAUAGGACCUGAAAAAAAGAGGUCAUGGGUUCAAAUCCUGUAUGGGCCUGAAUUUUUUUUCAGGGCCUAUUUUCAACUACUCGUUUCAGUAGUGUUCUUAGCUGUGAGGAUCUCUUAAUUUCAACAAUUAAAGAUUGUUUUGUGGUUCAAAGAAAAGCCAAUUAGGAAUCAGAAAACCAAACUGCAACUUACAACCACAACUUACUACUGGUGGUUUGUGCUUUUAAGGUUUGCUUGCAUUUGCUAAACUUCAUUGUGAUUGAUCAAUACAUAAUUUCUGACCUGUCAGAUUCAAAUCAAAGUGGUUAUACAUCUUUCUGAGUUUCACAAUAAAAAUACAAUAGCAUUGCCUUCCCUUUACUUGAAAUUAAAAUGCAAUGGAUUGCAAACUUAAGAUUGAAGUCUUGUCAACAUUUAACUUGAAUUCUGUUUUUCCUUUUUAGUAAUAUUCAAGCUGCUCCCAUUGGAAUAAGCCGUGGAGUGAAAAAACUGAUUCAAACAAAACUUCCUAACAUGGCACAACUGAGUGAUAUCAGUGAUUAUGUCCUGAGGUAUAGCUAUAUCACACAGCACUUGAUAUUUUUUGUAUUGUUGUUUUCUGGCAGAGAUAAAAUUAAAAGAAAAUGCGGGAAUUGUUGGGUAAACAUGGAGUAAAGGUCACUUGUCUCCAAUAGAUUACAAGAUUACAAAAUCAAAAUAAACCAUGUUUUGACUUGUGAAUGAAAUCAUUGAUGAGUUAUUGGUCUUCGAAGGUUAACCUCAGUUUUAGUCACUGCAAUAAGAGAAGUUUGAAAAAAUCCAUGCUUAUUUCAGUCAUCACUUCUGGCUAGGACUUAGAUUACAUAAUAAUAUUAACCUGUGCAGAUCAAUUUAGGACAUUUUAGAUAACAUAACUUCUGCAAAAUUUUAAACAAUUGAUAUGUUAAACUGAAUGUGACAUAUACUUUGAACCAUAAGGAAAAAGUAUCAAAUGAAUGUACUCAUUCUAAUUCAAUUGUGGCAUUGUGGUUGUCUUACCAUAGAGGUGGAUGUGGUUAUGGCUCAGAGAGUGAAGGUGAAGAACCAGUUGACUCGAGGGUGACCUUACCACAGAAUGUACCAGGAAGGGGAAAUGUUAAGGCACAACAAAGUGCAAUACGUCUUACUGAGGUACAACUAUUUGGAUAUUUGAAUAGUCAUUUUUGUCUGUAUUGCUCAAUUGUGCUGAUUUGCAGCCUGUUUCAUAUAGUUAAAAAGUAAUAUGCCUUCUUUCUUCUUUUUUAGCUUGGGCCCCGAAUGAGCCUUCAGCUUGUGAAGAUUGAAGAAGGAUUGUGCUCAGGGGAGGUUCUUUUUCAUGAAUUUGGUGAGGGCUUGUCGUAAAAAAUGUUCUGUUAUCAAAUACAUUGUAUUAGGCACCAUCAAAUUUGAGCCUCAAAUUUGAUCUGUUCCAGAUAGUCUUCUAAUUAAGUACUUUAAAUUCAGCACAUCCUAUUCUUAUAAUAUUUAGAAGUAAAACAGGAUAUUUUCUGGUUACUUAAGACAUUUCCAGUGACCGUAGUUCUACAGUUGGAGGGUACAAUAAAUGUAACUUAAGUAAAAAGCAGAACACAAACUAAUAACAACAGUGUUUUUUUUUUCUUUUUUUAAGUGAAAAAGACAGCAGAGGAAAUAAAAGAGAUGAAAAGGCGUAGAGAUGAAGCAAGGUAUACAACUCAUGUCCUAGUGGUCAUGAGUGAUUUUUAAAAAAGGGAUUUUAUGCUUCACUUUGUCAUGUAUUCAUUAUUUUGAUCUGAAACAAACUAAGAGAGUUGAAAAUUAAACUGGUUUGUAAAACGCAUAUAUUAAACCUAGAUUAAAUUGGAACCACAAAAUAUGAGUUUUUGGCUCUCUGGGAAAGAAUUAUUUGCUGCCUUUAGGUAAAUGGAUAUUUGGUUAGAACAGUUUAUUUUUUAUUUUGCUUGAAUGUGAGUAUUUUCUUUUUUCUUCUUAGAGGCCAACUGCUAUGUUUGUGUCAAUAAUGAAUACCAGUAACUUAAAAGUUUGUUUAAAAAUAAAAGCUGAUGACAAUUUUUUUUAACUGAUUGAAAACUCUUAUUCAUCAGGAAAUUAAAGGAGCAAAGAAAGAAGCAGCAACAAGAGAAUGUCAAGAGGAAAGAAAAAGAGAAAGCUUUAAACAAGUAUGCUAUCAUGAAAUGUUAUUUUCUCUGUCAGUGAUAGAAGUGGUUACUCUUAAGUAAAUGUGAAAAACUCCUUUUUUUUUAUAAAAUUCAUGUCAUCUAUAUGCUGCUUUAUAACAUUUACUGCUUCUCUCUUUCUGAAUCUACUCAAGUGGGAAAUGUUCUUGAUUUAACAGAGUGCGAAGUAUAGAAGGACAGAAAAAGAAUCUAAAGCUUAAGGAAGGUGGUGAUAACAUUGGUGAGUGUCUUUUGAUAUACAGAUAUUAAGUGCAGUUACAAGCAUCAUCAGCUCUUGCCAAUAUAGGAAUCUACAUACCUCACAGUACAGGAACCUUUGAUUUGUGUGUAAUGCUUUGCUUCAUGUACAGCAUUCUUUGCUCAUGUGCAGCACUUUGUUUUCACUUCAAUUGACUUAAAGACAGUAAGAUGUUCUUACAUGACUGUUAUUAUAAUUUUGUAAGCCAAGUUAAUACAUGCAACCAAACUGUGAAUUAUUUGACCUUGUAUGGUAAACUGGGGACCCAUUCUCCGCAAAUAUGCCAACAGGCAGCUUCUUAAGUGGAUAAAUGAGAUGGGAUUUUAUUUUCCAUGGAUGGGAUGAAGCAAUUCACAUGGUGCAUUGUACUUAUAGACAAAAUGUUACAAGAAACAAACAGCAUUCUCUUUAUGACAGAUGAUGUUAAUAUGGACACAGGUGACAUAGUGGAUAAUGAUGAUGCAGACUGGUACAGACAGGAGGUUGGCGAAGAACCUGAUCCUGGUAAAUUCUUUGUUUGUCACAUCUUACCCCCUAAUCUCUAGAUAAUCUCCCUUUAUCUACUUUGAAAAGGUUAUUUCAACUAUUCUUCCAUUUCAGAGCUUUUUCCAAAAGUCCACAAAAAGAAAAGGCUUAGAGAUGUUGCAACAGUUCCUGGUAAAAAGAGGAAACAUUCUGAAAUAGUUGAUAACUCAGAAACAACCAAGAUAUCCUUAAAAGAAACAGAACAUCGAAAAUACAAGCAAGAGAGAAAAGUCAAGAAAUCUGUGAAAUUGAAGCCAUUAAAAAAAGGUGUCAAGAAAGGAAAGAAAGUUAAAUUUGGAAGGAAGUCAAAAUAGUGAAGAAAAUAAGAAAACCAAUGAUGCGUCUGAUCCUGAAACAUGAAUGUAGAACUUGACUGGUUUUGAUUGAGGAUACUGACUCCUAUUGUCACUGUUCUUUUAAUAUGCAGAGGAGUGAGUGGAGUUUAAAAUGAUUCUUAUAGGAACUUGCUGAC